UGUGUGAUAGAUCACUCUGCCGUUCCCCGCUGCCGCUGCUCCGAAGGAGGUGCUGAAACCAUAUAUAUCUCGCUCUGUUACCUCUACCACCGCCAACAUUUGCAGCCAUUUUACACAAGCCGAACGGAAUCAUGUCGUGAGGCAUCACAUCACCUGGGACGACCAGACCCAGCUACGUCUGGUCCGCGACAAGUCGACAAGAUGGUGAAGCGGAAAAGCCUGGAUGAGACCGACACGGAGUGCGGCAAGGGUAUACCGUUCCCGAUCCAGACCUUCUUGUGGAGGCAGACCAGCGCGUUUCUGAGGCCGAAGUUGGGGAAACAAUAUGAGGCAUCUUGUGUGUCCUUUGAGCGGGUGCUGGUGGAAAACAAGCUCCACGGUCUCUCCCCGGUGCUGUCGGAGGCCAUCCAGAGCAUCUCUCGCUGGGAGCUGGUCCAGGCCGCCCUGCCCCACGUGCUCCACUGCACCGCCAUCCUGCUCUCUAACAGGAACAAGCUGGGUCACCAGGACAAGCUGGGCGUGGCGGAGACCAAGCUGCUCCAUACCCUUCACUGGAUGCUACUGGAGGCGGCCCAGGAGUGCAACCAGGAGCCCAGCCUGGGCCACGGAUGGUCGGGAGGCAGCAGCAGCUCAGCCUUCCUCCAGCCAAUGGGGAUUGGGAACCAGGGUUCCCCACCAGCCAGAGGUGGCCAAGGUGGCCCAGGAUCAGGCACCGGUUCUGGGUCAGGAGCGCCACGCUGUAGCGGGUCCCUGGAGGAGGAUGAGCACGCCCGCACCAAGCUCUUCCACAAGAGCAUGGCCACUGUGGAGCUGUUUGUCUUCCUCUUUGCUCCCCUCAUUCACCGCAUCAAGGAGUCUGAUCUGACUUUCCGAUUGGCCAGUGGUUUCAUCAUAUGGCAGCCAAUGUGGGAGCACCGGCAACCUGACGUCCCCGCCUUCUCUGCCCUCAUCAAGCCUGUGAGGAACAUUGUGACAGCCAAGAGGAACUCCCCGGUGAACAACCAGUGUAGCCCCUGUGGGUCCAGAAACCAAGGCCCCAUGGGUUUCCAGGUGGUCUGUGAAACGGCCCAAUCAGAUUCAUCCUCCCCCGGGGCUGGAGAGCAGAGCUGUCGCCGCGGCAACUCAGUGGAAAGAGGUGGGCCGUCAACGCGACAGGCUCCACUCGACAAAGGGAUCGCCAAGAAGAAGACCUCUGCCCCAGCGGGCAUCUCCGUCUCCCUGGCCCAGCGAGCCCGCUACGCCACCUACUUUGACGUGGCAGUCCUGCGCUGCCUGCUGCAGCCCCACUGGACGGAGGAGGGGGUGCACUGGGCCCUCAUGUUCUACCUGCAGCGCCUGCGUCAGAUCCUGGAGGAGCGCCCGGAACGCCCGCCGGAGCCACUGGUCCCGCCCCUGCCCCGCCCUCGCAGCAGCUCCAUGGUGGCCACCGCCCCCUCUCUCGUCAACACCCAUAAGACUCAGGACAUGAGUCUGAAAUGCAAUGAGGAGGAUAAGUCACUCAGCUCAGAGACCUUCUCUAAGGUGUCCCUGACCAACCUGCGCAGACAGGCUGUACCCGACCUUUCCUCUGACCUGGGGAUGAACCUCUUUAAAAAGUUCAAGAACCGGCGGGAGGACCGUGAGCGUAAGGGCUCCAUCCCGUUCCACCACACGGGCAAGAAGCGCCAGCGCCGCAUGGGUGUGCCCUUCCUGCUCCACGAGGACCACCUGGAUGUGUCCCCCACCCGAUCCACCUUCUCCUUCGCCAGCUUCUCUGGCGACGACCGGCGGGCGCUGGAGCGCGGGGGCUGGCAGGCUACCAUCAUGGGUAAGUUGACGCGGCGAGGGAGCACAGACACGGCUGCAGACACAGACAACCUGAGUGCUAAACACUCACACUCCCAUCACUCCCUGCUCAGAGACAUGCCAGACCACUCCAACAGCCACGGAGACAACACCGUUCACGCCAAGGGGGAGGUGCGUUCACAGAUCUCCACCAUCACCAUGGCGACGUUCAACACCACAGUAGCGUCGUUCAACGUGGGCUAUGCCGACUUCUUCACCGAGCACAUGAAAAAGCUGUGUAACCCUGUACCCAUCCCAGAGAUGCCCCACGAGACGCUGGCGUGCGCCAACCUGCCCCGGAGCUUCACCGACUCGUGUAUCAACUACUCGUGCCUGGAGGAGGGAGACAACAUCGAGGGCACCAACAACUUCAUCCUGAAGAAUGGCAUGCUGGACCUUACGGCCAUCCUGCGGGCGGUCUACGCCGUGCUGACCCACGACAUCAGCUCACGGAUCUGUGACGUGUCGCUCAACAUCAUUGACUGCCUGCUACAGCUGGGGGUAGUGCCGGGCAUGGGAAAGAAGCUCUCCAAGCCCGACGACAAGGAGAACGAUGAGACACGCCUCCCGAAGGAGGGGGCCAAUCAGAGCCUGAGCGGCGCCCAAGGGGGCGUGUCUGGAGGGUGCAGCGGGGCAGCACCAGGAGGAGGGGGUGGAGGAGGAGGAGGAGGGGGGGAUGGAGGAGGAGGAGGUGGGGGAAGUGGAGGAGGGAGCGGAGGAGGGAGUGGAGGAGGAAGCAAGGACGAUGUGAAGAACAAUAAGGAGAAAGACAGCAAGGAGGACGGCUCUUCACUGAGUACCCACAGGCUGGCUCUUACCAUGCUGAUCAAGAUGGUCAAGUCUCUGGGUUGUGCCUACGGCUGUGGGGAGGGCCACAGAGGUCUCUCAGGGGACCGGCUCCGCAUGCAGGCCCAGAACUGCCUGACCAACCUGUACAAGCUGGACAAGCUGCAGUUCCGUCAGACCAUGAGGGACUACGUCAACAAGGACUCGCUCAACAACAUCGUGGACUUCCUGCACGCACUCCUGGGCUUCUGCAUGGAGCCCAUCACCAACAAGUACGACAGUGCAGGUGAGAGGUCCAGGAGGGUGAAAAAAAGACCCAUCGAUAAGGCCGGGUUCGGGAACAACUUCACCACGGGGGACAACAAGUCACUGGCCCAGAACAUGGAGGCAGUGGUGGUGGGCUGCAUGUUCAAGUCUCUGAUCACUCGCUGUGCCUCCACCACGCACGAGCUGCACAGCCCUGAGAACCUGGGUCUGUACUGUGACAUCCGCCAGCUGGUGCAGUUCAUUAAGGAGUCCCAUGGCAACGUGUUCCGCAGGGUGGCACUGAGCGCGCUCCUGGACUCGGCCGAGAAAGUGGCCACCACCAAGAAGCCAGAGGAGAAGGAGGAGCCUAUCACCAAACCAUCCAGGAGGUCAGAGGCAGGUGUGUCUGGGGAAAAGGGAGGGCAGCCGUCCACCGCUGCAGACGAGUGCCGCAGCUGCAUAUCCAGCCGCCCCCCCCAGACACCAGAGCAUGAUGAACAGAUUCCGGGGGCUCUGCUGGGCAAGAAGGACUUCUGGAGGAAGAUGUUCAAGUCACAGAGUGCUGCCAGCGACACCAGCAGCCUAUCAGAGCAGGACACGUCGGAGUGCACCACCGCCCACUCGGGCACCACCACGGACCGACGCACCCGCUCACGCUCCCGACGCAUCUCCCUGCGCAAGAAGCUCAAGCUGCCCAUCGGUAACUGGCUUAAGCGGUCAUCUCUCUCUGGGCUGACCGACGGGGUGGAGGACUUGUUGGACAUCAGCUCUGUGGACCGACUCUCCUUCAUCCGCCAGAGCUCCAAGGUGAAGUUCACCAGCAACGUGAAGCUGUCAGAGGGCGGCGGGGGAGCGGGGGGCGUGGAGUACGGCCGGGACGAGGAGGAGAAUUUCUUCAAGCGGCUCGGUAAAUGGCGGUCUGGCAGGCGGAACCCAUCCAAGCUUCACCACACAGAAGAGAAAGAUGGGCCCCAGGGGUUCCAGGAGCGCCUGGCGGCCAGCCAGGAGGCCAUGAAGAACAAGAACGUGGUGAACCUGACCGCCAUCCGCCAGGGCAUGAAACGCUUCCAGUUCCUGUUGAACUGCUGCGAGCCAGGCACCAUCCCUGACGCAUCCAUCCUGGCUGCUGCGCUCGACCUGGAAGCUCCUGUUGUUGCCAGAGCCUCCUUGUUCCUGGAGUGCGCCCGCUUCGUCCACCGUUGUAACCGUGGCAACUGGCCCGAGUGGAUGAAGGGUCACCACGUGAACAUCACCAAGCGGGGUCUGUCUCGGGGACGCUCGCCCGUGGUAGGAAACAAGAGGAACCAGAAGCUCCAGUGGAAUGCAGCCAAGCACUUCUGUCAAUGGGGAGAUGCCAUUGGUACGCGUCUCAGUGAGCUGUGCCACUCAGACAGCGAGAGUCCUGCCAACAUCCUGGGUUUUAUCUACGACGAGGAGACCAAGCGAAGACUGAGAAAGGAGGACGAGGAGGAGGACUACUUAGACGACAAUACAGUCAACCCAACAAAAUGCGGCUGUCCUUUCGCUCUCAAGAUGGCCGCCUGCCAGUUACUGCUGGAGAUCACCACGUUCCUCAGAGAGACAUUCCCCUGCCUCCCCCGGCCACGCACAGAGCCCCAAGUGGAUUUGGAGAGCUGUCGAUUGAGGCUGGACCCUGAGCUGAGUCACCACCGUUAUGAGAGGAAGAUCAGCUUUGCCGGUAUCCUAGACGACGAGGACGGCCACGACUCUUUGAACAGCAGCAGCCACACACUCAAGUCUGACACGGCCUGCGACGACAAGAAGGCCCAGGAGCCUCUGGCUCCCAUCAGGAAGAGUCGUGCCGGGGGCUCUCGCCUGCUGCAGAUCAAGGGGGCCAGGAGUUUCAGGGUGAAGAAGGGGGGCUCUCUGUCCUCCAUCCGCCGUGCCGGCAGCCUGAAGAGCACCAAGAUGUCCCGCCAAGACUCAGAGUCAGAGAACGAGGAGGGACUGCUGUCCCAGAGCAGGGACACUGUCACUGACAUAGGAAGCCCAUGGAGCACCAGUGAACCCAGUAUUGAGCCGGAGGGUUCAGGAGGCACCGGCGGAGCAGAGGACAACUACCACCGUAACAUGUCCUGGCUACAUAUCAUGAUUCUGCUGUGCAACCAGCAGAGUUUCAUCUGUACCCACGUGGAGUUCUGCCACCCACGCUGCUACCAGCACCACAGCCGCUCCUGUGCCCGCCUGGUGCGUGCCAUCAAGCUGCUCUACGGGGAGACAGUGGACAGCCUGAGAGAAGACAGUGCAGGGAACAUCAGUAGCCGGUCCAAGAAAAACAAGGAGUGGUCAGACAAGUCAAGUCUGAGGACCCCGUCCAUGAAGAGACGCCCCAAAGACUCCAACACCGAGGGCAAGAAGGACACGGGCAUGCUCAAGUACAUCCGCAACCAGGUGAUGAGCCUGUCCCCAGCUCCUCUGUCACUGCUGAUCAAGGCGGCGCCCAUCCUGACAGAGGACAUGUACGCAGACGUCCAGCCUGCAGCCUGGGAGCUCCUGCUGAGUGUGGACGAGCAUAUGGCUGCCGCUGCAGCUGCCAUGUUCUUGCUGUGUGCGGUGAAGGUGCCUGACUCGGUGACAGAGAUGAUGAUGGCUGAGUUCCAGCACGCUGAGGCGAGCCAGCGCAUCAACUCUGUGUUCAAGUUCUACACGCUGUGGCGCUUCCGCUACCAGGUGUGGCCGCGCAUGGAGGAGGGUGCCCAGCAGAUCUUCAAGAUCCCUCCGCCCAGCAUCAACUUCACCCUGCCCUCACCUAUCCUGGGCAUGCCCUGUGUGCCCAUGUUUGACCCGCCCUGGGUACCCUCCAACACUGGCAGCGUCCAAGACCCAAUCAACGAGGACAACUCUAAAUCUUUCUCGGCGCGGGCCGUGUCGCGCUCCCACCAGCGUGCAGAGCACAUCCUGAAAAACCUGCAGCAGGAGGAGGAGAAGCGGCGUCUUGGGCGCGAGGCCAGUAUCAUCACAGCCAUCCCCGUGGCCCAGGAGGCCUGCUACGAACCCACCUGCAGCCCCCCGCCCGAGCAGGAGGAGGAAGCAGAAGAAGAGGUCAAUCUGGCGUCUCGCCGCAUGUCCGUCACUCCGUCCUGCACCUCCAGUAACUCUCACAGGAACUACUCCUUCCGCCGCGGCUCCGUGUGGUCGGUCCGCUCCGUGGUCAGCGCCGAGGAUGAGGAGAACACUACGGAGCACACGCCCACUCAUCACAUGCUGCAGCCCCCCCAGGCCGUCUUCCCAGCAUGCAUCUGUGCCGCCGUCUUACCCAUAGUGCACCUGAUGGAGGACGGGGAGGUGCGAGAGGACGGUGUGGCAGUGAGUGCAGUGGCCCAGCAGAUCCUGUGGAACUGUCUGAUCGAAGACCCCGCCCUGGUGCUCAGGCACUUCCUGGAGAAGCUCACCGUUAGCAAUCGACAGGACGAGCUGAUGUACAUGCUGAGGAAGCUGUUGAUGAACAUCGGUGACCUCCCAGCUCAGACCUCUCACAUCCUCUUCAACUACCUGGUGGGGCUGAUUAUGUACUUUGUGCGUACUCCGUGUGAGUGGGGUAUGGAUGCCAUCUCGGCCACGCUGACCUUCCUGUGGGAGGUGGUGGGCUACGUGGAGGGGCUCUUCUUCAAGGACCUCAAACAGACCAUGAAGAAGGAGCAGUGUGAGGUCAAGCUGCUCGUCACUGCAUCCAUGCCAGGAACCAAGACCCUGGUAGUGCACGGGCAGAAUGAGUGUGACAUUCCUACCCAGUUGCCUGUACAUGAAGACACUCAGUUUGAUGCCUUGCUCAAGGAGUGUUUGGAGUUCUUCAACAUUCCCGAGUCUCGGUCGGCACACUACUUCCUCAUGGACAAGCGCUGGAACCUCAUUCACUAUUCCAAGACCUUUGUGAGGGACAUCUAUCCGUUCAGGAGGUCUGUGUCUCCCCAGCUCAACCUGGUCCACAUGCUGCCAGAGAAAGGACAGGAACUCAUUCAGAAACAGGUGUUUUCCCGUAAACUGGAGGAGGUGGGCCGUGUUCUAUUCCUCAUCUCCCUGACCCAGAACAUGCCGGCCGUCCACAAACAGUCCCAUGUGUCCAUGCUCCAAGAAGACCUGCUCCGCCUGCCCUCCUUCCCCCGCACGGCCAUCGACGGGGAGUUCUCUCUCUUCAGCGAGCCACAGGGCAAGGAGCUCUUCGGCCUGGACACUCUCCACAAAGUCCUGUGGAUCAAACUACUGGAAGAGAUGUUUCUGGGCAUGCCCAGUGAGUACCCGUGGGGGGACGAGAUCAUGCUCUUCCUGAACGUGUUCAACGGUGCCCUGCUGCUGCACCCCGAGGACAGCGCCCUCCUCAGGCAGUACACGGCUACUGCCAUCAACACGGCCGUUCACUUCAACCACCUGUUCUCCCUGAGUGGAUACCAGUGGCUCCUCCCCACCAUGUUGCAGUCCUAUGCUGACUAUGAGAGUAACCCGCUGCUGAGACAGGGGAUAGAGUUCUGCGUCAGACAGUUCUACAUCCUGCACCGUAAACCCUUCAUCCUCCAGCUGUUUGCCAGCGUGGCCCCACUGCUGGAGUUCACAACGUGCACCAGUACAGGCCUGUCUAAGGGGGUGUCUGCUCAGUGCCUGUUUGACCUGCUGGUCUCUCUGGAGGGAGAGACGCGUGAUACCCUGGAUGCCCUGGAGCUGGUCAAGGCUGAAAAACCCCUACGAUCCCUGGACUUCUGCUAUGGUAGUGAGGACCUGGCCUUCUCCAUCAGUGAGUCCAUCAAGCUGUGUGUGACGGUGGUGGCCUACGCACCAGAGUCUUUCAGGAGCCUACAGAUGCUGAUGGUGCUGGAGGCCCUGGUGCCAUGUUUUCUCCAGAAGCUGAAGAGCAACACCAUGACCAUGGAGUCAGCCUCGGCAGCGCGGGACGAGAUCGCCGCCAUCGCCGCCCUGGCCACCUCCCUGCAGGCCCUGCUCUAUAGCUCAGAGACCCUCACACGGCCUAUGACUGCCCCCCAGUUGAGUCGCUGUGACCAGGGACACAAAGGUGCAACGACUGCCAACCACGCCAUGUCUGGAGGGCCCAACACCAGUCGCCUUGUGUCCGGCAUCAGGGACAACCUUCACCUGUUGGAGGAGGGCCAGGGGAUGCCUCGCGAGGAGAUGGACGAGCGUAUCGCCCGUGAGGAGUUUCGCCGGCCCCGGGAGUCCCUCCUGAACAUCUGCACUGAGUUCUACAAGCACUGCGGCCCGCGCCUCAAGAUCCUGCAGAACGUGGCCGGGGAACCCCGUGUCACCGCCUUAGAGCUGCUGGACAUCAAGUCCCACAUGAGAUUGGCAGAGAUCGCUCACUCCCUCCUGAAGCUGGCCCCCUACGACAGCCUGACCAUGGAGAGCCGAGGCCUGCGGCGCUACGUCACUGGGAUGCUGCCCAUCACCGAUUGGUCGUCCGAGGCCGUGCGGCCCGCCCUCAUCCUCAUCCUGAAGCGGCUUGACCGCAUGUUCAACAAGAUCCACAAGAUGCCUACGCUCAGGUGCGCUCGCCCACAGGCUCUGUGCUCCAGGAGACAGGUGGAGUGGGAGGCGGCCAGUAGUCUGAUUGAAGGUAUCUGUUUGACUCUCCAGCGUCAGCCAAUCAUCUCCUUCCUCCCUCACCUCCGCUCCCUCAUCAAUGUCUGUGUCAACCUGGUGAUGGGGGUAGUAGGCCCCUCCAGUGUGGCUGAUGGGCUGCCCCUGCUCCACCUGAGCCCAUAUCUGUCCCCACCUCUACCCUUCAGCACAGCAGUGGUCCGCCUGGUGGCUCUGCAGAUACAGGCUUUGAAGGAUGACUUCCCCCUGAGCCAUGUGAUCUCCCCUUUCACCAAUCAGGAGAGGCGAGAGGGCAUGCUGCUCAACCUGUUGAUUCCAUUCGUGCUGACAGUGGGUUCAGGGAGCAAAGACUCCCCACACCUGGAGCAGCCUGAGGUCUCUCUGCUCCUGCAGACGGUCAUCAACAUCCUCCUCCCCCCGCGCAUCAUCAGCACGUCCCGGACCAAGAACUUCAUGCUGGACACGUCCCCCGCCCACUGCUCCACCCCGGGGGACCAGGGCAAGGACCUUAGGAGAGAGGGCCUGGCCGAGUCCACCAGUCAGGCUGCAUACCUGGCUCUAAAGGUGGUGUUGGUUUGUUUUGAGCGGCAGCUGGGGAACCAGUGGUAUCGCCUCAGCCUGCAAGCCAAGGAGAUGUCUCUGAGGAAGGUGGGAGGCCUGGCCUUCUGGGACUUCAUAGAUUUCAUAGUGCGUACUCGGAUUCCCAUCUUCGUCCUGCUGCGUCCCUUUAUCCAGUGCAAGCUCCUGACCCAGCCAGCUGACUCCCAGGAGGAGAUCACGGCCCGUCACCACAUCGCUGACCAGCUGGAGCGUCGCUUCAUCCCCCGCCCCCUCUGCAAGAGCUCCCUGUUCGCAGAGUUCAACAACGAGCUGAAGAUCCUCAAGGAGGCCGUGCACAGUGGCUCUGCGUACCAGGGCAAGACGUCCAUCAGCACAGUGGGCACGUCCACCUCUGCCUACCGCCUGUCGCUGGCCACCAUGUCCCGGUCCAACACAGGCACGGGCACGGUGUGGGAGCAGGAGAGCCAGCCGUCACGCCAGCCCUCUCAGGACACGCUAAGCCGCACCGACGAGGAUGACGAACAGGAGCAGGAAGAGAAUGACUCUAUCAGUAUUCCCAGUGUGGUGAGUGAACAUGAGGUCUUCCUGCCCAGGCUCAUCACCCAGCGACGCUUCUCUAGUCACGCCACGGGCAGCGCCCAGCCUGAACCCAGCACCCGCAGCACCAUGCUGCCCAGCCACAGUGAACCCAAUGUGCUAGAUGAGUCUCAAGGACUGGAAGAGGGUAACCUGUCUAGGGUGGCCAGUGUGCAGAGUGAACCAGGCCAGCAGAACCUCUUGAACCAACCUCCGCUGGGACGCAAUAGAGGACUGAGACAGUUGCGACGCCCCCUGCUGUCUCUUCCGAAGAGUGAGGCGCGAGGACCAGGUCGCUCUGGAGCCCGACUCUCCGCCACCCGCAGGAGCAUCCAGCCCAAGAACAAACCUCUGGAAACUUUAUUGGACUGCGAAGCAACCCACGGGUGGGACCAGAAGAGGGUGGUCACCUUCACAGAGGGCCAGCAGGCUCAGGCAAAGUCCCCCGACCCCGGUGGCGCCAAUGCGCCCCCAGAGGGCAGGAAGGCCAGCCCGGCCCCUCCAAUCGCUCCCCCUGCUGCCCCUGGGACCUCAUCCUCGGCCACCGUCAAAGCUGACCUCCACAGCCCUGCCAAGAAACAGUUAUCGAUGGAGAGCAAGGAGAAACGAGAACAGUGGGGCCUCCGCAGCAGCCUCUCUCCUCGGCCCUCCAUCUCCCGCGCCUCCACCCCCACCCCACCCUCCUCCUACUCUCCUCUCCCUCCUCCACCUCUCCCCAUCUCCCGCGCCUCCACCCCCACCCCACCCUCCUCCUGCUCUCCUCUCCCUCCUCCACCUCUCCCCAUCUCCCGCGCCUCCACCCCCACCCCCACCCCACCCUCCUCCUGCUCUCCUCUCCCUCAUCCACCUCUCUCCAUCUCUCGCACCUGUUCUCCCCUCCCCCCUCUGCCGAUCCUGGGGAUCCGACCCCCCGCUCCCCCCACCCACCUCUUCCAUCCUGGUCCGUCCUCCCAUCAGACCCCCGAGAGCCCUGAGGACGAGGACACGACUGCCCUGCUGGGGAGGAACGCAGACACCCUCCUCCACAUUUCAGAGGACAAUGGAGGCACAGAGAACCCCCUGCUCGCCCCCCUGCUCUCCCCCCGCCGCUUGCCCGCCCUGGCCCCACACCACUCCCCCGCCCUGCCCCCCCGCCGCUCCCCCCUCCCCAUCUCCCCAGUCGACCUGGACCUGGAUGAGUCCCACGUCUGAGAAGCGUCCCUGUAACGUUUCAGUAACGUUUUGUUAACAUUUCAGUAACAAAACUCGUAACGUAACGUUAUAACUAGGGCCAGGAGUUUUUCCCUGACUGAACUUGCGUGACUGCACUAGGAAAAAGUCCUGGCCCUAGUUACAAGGCUCUAAACUACAGACGUAGGCUAUAACUAGGGCCCAGAGUUUUGACCCUUUAGGUUAAAUCACAUGGUCCGGCUGGGGAAACUCCUGGCCCUAGUAAUGACCCUGGCAGGGUAGCUUCUCUGUGUCGGUCCCCUUCUAUAUCUUUGGAGUCUGUGUUUAGACAUUGAGCUGCCUGAUAACUCUGUAUCCUUCUAGAUAAUGGAGGUCAGAGGGCGCUUGAAAAAUGAACCUGUUGGAAUACUCUAAAAAUAAAAAUGCAUCCUCCCUUCCUUGAUCUGAUCUAACAUAAAAUGACUGGUGAAAUCAGUGCAGUAGAAUCCUUGCUCUCACCUAUCCAAUCACGUUAGGUUAGUGAUUACCUCAAGAAAAGAAGGGAGGAAAGAUGCAUCUUUAGAGUAUUAGAACAGGGCCAAGGACCAAUACCUGUUAAGUGUUCUCCUCUUGCCCACCCCCCUGCCCCUCUCUCCCCUUCUCUCUCUACUCUCUUCUGUCCUGUUAGAGCACCAAGAUGAAAUCCAUACUUCACUAUGUCUAUAGUACCAGUGACAGUACAUCCUCACCUGUGACAUUUUAACCCAUCUCAUACCAAAGUAUUCAAAUCAAAUGCAGAAUCAACAUGCCUUCUUCACACGUCAGGGUGGAUUAAUCCAUGGAGUCCCAACAGGUGAUCAAGUGGGACUGUUACUGUUGCUAGGUAGAUCACAUUCUAUUUGUUGUGGUCUAUUGAAAAGAGAAGGGAGAGUGUUUCCAGCCAUUGGCUGCUACAAACACAUCUGUUUACCUUUUGGUUGACCUUGUCACCUCCCAAGGACUGUUUACAGUGAAUCUGCUGAAGGGUAAACUGUUGACUAGAGAAAUUAAAUGUAUAUUAGCUAUGAUAUUAUAUAAUAUUAUGAAAUGUAUUAUAUUUAAUCCUGAAGACUAUUUUAAAGAAAGAUUUAAUAUAUAUAAUUGUCAAAGUAUUGCAGAGAGGCAUAGUAUGUUUGUCAUUAGGAUAAUAUAUUAGUGGCCUCCCAGGUGGCCACACUGCGGUCUAGGGCACUGCAUUGCAGUGAGGCGUCACUACAGACCCGGGUUCGAUCCCAGGCUGUGUCACAACCGGCCGUGACCAGGAGUCCCAUAGGGCGGUGCACAAUUGGCCCAGCGUGGUCUGGGUUAGGGAGGGUUUGGCCGGGGGGGCUUUACUUGGCUCAUUGUGCUCUAGUGACUCCUUGUGGCGGGCCGGGCACCUGCAGGCUGACAUUAGAAGUCAGUUAAACGGUGUUUCCUCUGACACAUUGGUGCAUCUGGCCUCCGGGUUAAGUGGGUGGGUGUUAAGGAGCGUGGUUUGGCUGCUAAUGUUUCAGAGGACGCAUGACUCAACCUUUGCCUUUUUUUGGCGAGAAAAGGGGGGGGAAACCAGAAUGUUUAUUUAUUAAUAGAUGGAUAUAUUGACAUAAUUAUUUAUAAAAUAUUUAUCCUCUUGGGGUUUCUAGGUUUGAUUUAUUGACAAUUGACACACUGGGUGGUUGUUAUUGUCCUGUGGAAGUUGAGUCUGUUAGAUGAGAAGAGGCUCUUUAUGGAGGUUGAGUCUGUUAGAUGAGAAGAGGCUCUUUAUGGAGGUUGAGUCUGUUAGAUGAGAAGAGGCUCUUUAUGGAGGUUGAGUCUGUUAGAUGAGAAGAGGCUCUUUAUGGAGGUUGAGUCUGUUAGAUGAGAAGAGGCUCUUUAUGGAGGUUGAGUCUGUUAGAUGAGAAGAGGCUCUUUAUGGAGGUUGAGUCUGUUAGAUGAGAAGAGGCUCUUUAUGGAGGUUGAGUCUGUUAGAUGAGAAGAGGCUCUUUAUGGAGGUUGAGUCUGUUAGAUGAGAAGAGGCUCUUUAUGGAGGUUGAGUCUGUUAGAUGAGAAGAGGCUCUUUAUGGAGGUUGAGUCUGUUAGAUGAGAAGAGGCUCUUUAUGGAGGUUGAGUCUGUUAGAUGAGAAGAGGCUCUUUAUGGAGGUUGAGUCUGUUAGAUGAGAAGAGGCUCUUUAUGGAGGUUGAGUCUGUUAGAUGAGAAGAGGCUCUUUAUGGAGGUUGAGACUGUUAGAUGAGAAGAGGCUCUUUAUGGAGGUUGAGUCUGUUAGAUGAGAAGAGGCUCUUUAUGGAGGUUGAGACUGUUAGAUGAGAAGAGACUCUUUAUGGAGGUUGAGUCUGUUAGAUGAGAAGAGGCUCUUUAUGGAGGUUGAGUCUGUUAGAUGAGAAGAGGCUCUUUAUGGAGGUUGAGUCUGUUAGAUGAGAAGAGGCUCUUUAUGGAGGUUGAGUCUGUUAGAUGAGAAGAGGCUCUUUAUGGAGGUUGAGACUGUUAGAUGAGAAGAGGCUCUUUAUGGAGGUUGAGUCUGUUAGAUGAGAAGAGGCUCUUUAUGGAGGUUGAGUCUGUUAGAUGAGAAGAGGCUCUUUAUGGAGGUUGAGUCUGUUAGAUGAGAAGAGGCUCUUUAUGGAGGUUGAGUCUGUUAGAUGAGAAGAGUCCAAAGCACUAUAAUUGGGGCAGGUCAUACUUGGAAGAUAAUCCUAACAUCAACUGAAGUAAAAUUAGGGUCUCCAUAUAGCUGAGGUUCAGCAUUGUAGCACGCUUGAAAUGUGAAGGUAAUUUCAGAUUGAGCCGACAUAAGUAGCGUUUGCUGUGAAUGCAGUCUCCACUAACGCGGGAAACCUUUGCCUUUAAAUGUCAAACAGGCUACAACACAGAACUUCUACGAUACGGAUUGAGUCCAGCCCUUAGUCGUGCAUUGAUGUCAAUGGGAAACUAAGUGGACAUUUUGUAAAAGUUAGGUUUCGCCCCUUCGAGGGUAAAGGUCUUAAUUUAGUAUGAUGAAUGUAAAACUAUCAUACCACAACUAACAGCUCACUGGGCACAUACGUCACUUCAACGGUUAAAAGUUGGGUAAAAAUAAGUUGAUUCAACAUCAUCACAUUGAUUAUUUUGGUUGAAAUGACGUGGAAACAAUGUUGAUACAAGCAGUUUUGUCCCAGUGGAUGGAUGUUGUUUUAUGUGUAACCAAAUCCAGGUUCUGUUUUGAAUAGCCUCCAACGUAAUACUGACCUUCUGUUGUACUGAAAGCAUCAUGCAUAAAGAAUAGGUAACUGGUUAUGGGCACCGUGGUAUUAUUAGUAUGUCCCAGUAAUGUCAGAGUUUAUAAUGAUGCUUUUUAUUGUUGUGUUUUCAAUGUCUUGAAGAAAGGUUUCUAGUACUCAAAACAUUAUGCCCACAAUAUCCCUGAUUCUGAGUUGUAGCAGUUAGGAUACCUCCUUGUUCAACUUAUGCCUUAAACUAGAGAACUGGGAGGACCCCUCCAGCUCCUUGAUAAUGGUCUGUUCCCUGACUGAGGUCCCCUUAUGUGCCAUGGGGCUUGGUACAGUCCAAACCUGAGAUGGGUGUGCUGCAGUCUACUAUCUUCUGGUUCAUGUUGGUUUUGCACCAGAUCAGUGAAAAGAGGAUGUAGUUAUGAACUAAACUGUGUAAAACACAUGAGGAACAACUUCCUAAUAUUGAGUUGCACACCCUUUUCCCCCUCAAAACAGCUUCAAUUCGUCGAGGCACGGACUCUGAAAGUUGUGGAAAGCGUUCCACAGGGAUGGUGGCCCAUGUUGACUCCAAUGCUUCCCACAGUUGUGUUAAGUUGUCUGGAUGUCCUUUGGGUGGUGGACCAUUCUUGAUACACACAAAAAACUGUUGGGUGUGAAAAACCCAGACACGUUGCAGUUCUUGACACAAACCGGUACGCCUGACACCUACUACCAUAUCCCCUUGAAAGGCACUUAAAUCAUUAGUCUUGCCUAUUUACCCUCUGAAUGGCACACAUACACAAUCCAUGUCUCAAUUGUCUCAAGGCUUAAAAAUCAUUCUUUAACCUGUCUCCUCCCCUUCAUCUACACUGACUGAAGUGGAUUUAUGAGGGAUCAUAGCUUUCACCUGGAUUCACCUGGUCAGAGCAGGUGUUCCUAAUGGUUUGUACACUCAGUUAUAUGUGAAAGGAAGAAUCCUGAAUAUCUUCUACCAUUUCCCCCUGUUUGACGGCAUCAGUGCAGAAGCAUUAGUAGUGAUAUGAAUAGGUGCCAUAAUGCACAUAUGACUAUUGCACUGUGAGUCGGUCUCAUAGCUGUGUCUGCUUCUGUGUGUGAUCUAAAUGUACUGCUGUGUAGUUCCCACAGAGGCUGGUUAUCAGAUCUAUAGUGCCCAUAUCGUUAGAGGGGAUUCUAUUUCAAUGAUAAUAUCACUAUAGUUCAUUCUAGAACCACGGGGGAUAGUACAAAAGUCUAUUAUACUGUAUAAGCCAAUUAUACUGUAGGCGACAUAUUCUGGUGUCCCUGUGGACAUGUGUUGUCUUGUCAGUGCUAACGGUCAGUGUCUGUCCGUGUGUGUAGUGCCAAUGCUCUCUGCUGCGGAGCUGUCCUUGGGUGAGCGAUCUAUUUAGGAUUGCAAAAUGUCGAACUUUUCCAAAAGAACCAGGUUUUCCAGAAAUCUUGGUUGGAGGAUUCCCGGAUUUCUUGUUUAUUACUUUCGGAUUCCUUGACUCUUCCAACUAGUAUAUCAGGAGUUUGAGGAAAGUUACCAGAAUUUGGAGACCUGAGUUCUAUUGCAUUGUCAAUUACAAUUUGUAGUACCGGUAAGCACACUGUAUUGCUUUAAACAUAAUCAGAAAAUGAUAUUUUUAGAUGAUUGCCAACUCAUAACUAACGUGUGCGUAACAUUCUGUGGACAAUUUGUCAAUUGAUGAUGUUCGUCGCAAUGAAAUAUGUUUCUAGUUUGUUUAGUUUAGUUCUCUUUCUUACAUGUUAUGGAGGAUAGCUGGAUCUGUGUUGUUCUGGCUCUGGGAAUAAUUUUUCCAUAAACUAGGAAGUUUACCUCAAAGUCCUAUCCACAUGCUAGGGGCGGCAGGUAGCCUAGUGGUUAGAGCGUUGGACAAGUAACUGAAAGGUUGUAAGAUCGAAUCCUCAAGCUGACAAGGUAAAGAAAAAAGGCAGUUAACCCACUGUUCCUAGGCCGUCUUUGAAAAUAAGAAUUUGUUCUUAACUGACUUGCCUAGUUAAAUAAAGAUAUAUUGCUGUAUGGUGGAGCUGUGAGAUAUUCAGAAGUGUGUUUGUGUCAAAUGCAGGGGCCCCCAGGGGUGGUUAGCAGUGGAGGCUGGUGGGAGGAGCUAUAGGAAGACAGGCUCAUUGUAAUGGCUGGAAUGGAAGCCUGUCCUCCUAUAGCUCCUCCCACCAGACUCCUCAGGUGGGAAGUGGAAGUGACAUUAUGGCCUAGAUACAUAUAUUAUAUUUUGAUAUUUUAUUUCUCCAAAUAUAUAUUAACAUCAGCAUUUGUUCAUAUUCAAUCAUGGUUCCAUCGACAUAUAUUUUUUCCUCUGUGGGACUCAGAAAUAUAUCAUAUUAUAUACUUAAGAUAUUUAUUUCAAAUGAUUGUCUUGUCCUGUGUUCUCAAUCUAUUCUAAAAUAUAGAUAUAUCAAAGUAUUUAUGAAAUAUUUAAAGAAUAAAUGGAUACAAUGUU